UCCCUCCCUUUUCUCCUCAAGUCCUGAAGUUGAGUUUGCGAGGCGACACGGCGGCGGCGGCCGCGCUGCUCCCACUCCUCUGCCUCCCCAUGGAUAUGCACUGCAAAGCAGACCCCUUCUCCGCGAUGCACCGGCACGGGGGUGUGAACCAGCUCGGGGGGGUGUUUGUGAACGGCCGGCCCCUACCCGACGUGGUGAGGCAGCGCAUCGUGGAGCUGGCCCACCAGGGUGUGCGGCCCUGUGACAUCUCCCGGCAGCUGCGGGUCAGCCACGGCUGUGUCAGCAAAAUCCUGGGCAGGUACUACGAGACCGGCAGCAUCAAGCCAGGUGUGAUCGGUGGCUCCAAGCCCAAAGUGGCGACGCCCAAAGUGGUGGACAAGAUUGCUGAAUACAAACGACAGAACCCGACUAUGUUCGCCUGGGAGAUCCGAGACCGGCUCCUGGCCGAGGGCAUCUGUGACAAUGACACAGUGCCCAGCGUCUCUUCCAUCAACAGAAUCAUCCGGACCAAAGUUCAGCAACCUUUCCACCCAACGCCGGAUGGGUCUGGGACAGGAGUGACCGCCCCUGGCCACACCAUUGUUCCCAGCACGGCCUCCCCUCCUGUUUCCAGCGCCUCCAAUGACCCAGUGGGAUCCUACUCCAUCAAUGGGAUCCUGGGGAUUCCUCGCUCCAAUGGUGAGAAGAGGAAACGUGAUGAAGAUGUGUCUCGAGGGCUCAGUCCCCAAUGGAGAUUCCCAGAGUGGUGUGGACAGUUUGCGCGGAAGCACUUGAGAGCUGACACCUUCACCCAGCAGCAGCUGGAAGCUUUGAAUCGGGUCUUUGGCCCGUCCUUCCUACCUGACGUCUUCCAGGCAUCAGAGCACAUCAAGUCAGAACAGCCCACGGUAUUGUGCACACUCCGCAAGAUCCACCUGCUCCUCCACCACAGCCCAUGGUACACUGUGUUCACACACACCACUGUCCACCUGCUCCCCACCCACAGCCACGCCCACGGUACUGUGCUCACACACCACUGUCCACCUGCUCCCUUCACCAGCCCACGGAGUACUGUGUUCACACACCACUGUCCACCUACUCCCUCACCCACGGCCACGUACCUCCCAGCCCUGACCCUGGAAGCAGUGAAGUCCAAGUCGAGGUCUAUCUGCAUCCACCAACCUGAGCUGGGCAGCAACGUGUCAGGCACGCAGACGAUACCCGUUGUGACUAAAAAGAUAGCCCCUGUUCCCCGUGGCUUUCUCACCUUGCCUCCCUCCCCAUCCCUGGCCGGGGCUGUAGUGACAGAGGAGCACGCAGAGAUGCUGGCAGUGAUGUUGAUCUGGGAGGAGAAGACGAGAACUUACUCCAGGAUUCCCAAAGUCACUGGGGAUGUUUCUGAGCAUGAGAGAGUCCCUUGA